GACACAUUAGUCCCCAGAAAGACCAAGCUCGGGAAGGCCCUAGGAAAACCCCUCUCGGCGCUGGAUCUGACUUACGAGGCCUGGAACGACGGUGCUCAUGGAGGUCCUGGGCAUAGUCACUCUUGCGCUGAACAUCUGGGCUUGCUCAGGUUUCCCCGUGUAUGACUACGACCCAGCUGUGAUGAGGGAAGCUCUCGAGGCCUCGGUGGCAAAGGUGAAUGCCCAGUCCCAAAGCCCAAACUUGUUCAGGGCCUACAAGAGCUCCGUUAAAAGGGUCAACUUCAUGAAUGAGAAUGAUCUGAGUAUGGACAUCGACUUCAGAAUCCGUGAGACUGAGUGUAGGAAAGAGUCUGGAAACCCGCCGAGCACCUGUGAUUUCAAAAGGGGCUACUACGUGCCAACAGCAUCCUGCAGAAGCACCAUACAGAUCUCCGCUGAGCAGGUGCAGAACGUGUGGGUCCGUUGCCAUCCCGCCUUCUCCAGCUCUGAUUCCAGUAGCAGUGAAGAGAUCUUCGGGAGCAGACUGGGCCUGUCCAACUGGAGAAGCUAUUACAUGAGAGAUACAGACAGCAACGAAUCAAGAAGUGAACCCCUUUAUCAGAGGUCUAUGGGUAUAAGAGACGUGCGGCUGUUUCCUGCCAGAAGCAGAAGACGGCAAGACUAUCGGAAUAGAUACAAUCUCUUUGAGUAGCAAGAACAGAUUGGAAGGCAGCCCCACUUUGGCCAAUGGGGGUUUAUUAAGCGUCUACUAUGUAUUGGGCACUUAGUUGGCACUGCCUGAAGAGCAACAUCUCUUCUCCUGAGUUAGUCACCCUAGACCCUAAAUCGUCUGCCUGACAUAUCUCCAUUUUUCCAAACCCCACAGACUAUGGCCUCCCAUCAGAAUUCUUCUGUCCUUCCAGGUCGGAUUUCCAAAGGGAUAAACUUCUAGCCCUAACCUGAUCCUUGAAAGUAGGAACCAGGGGCAGAGAGGUGGCUUAGUGGAUGGAGGGUAAAUCACUUAGUCCCAAUUACACCCCUCUUCUCUUUUGAGAAAGGAAGAAAGAGAGAGAGACAGAAAGAGAGAGAGAGAGAGAGA